AUGUUCUAUGCAAGUUUGAAUGGUAUCCUGAAAUGCCCUGUGAAGUGUCAGAGCAGAAUUGAAAAUGGGAAGAUGGAUCCUGUGUAUGAACAAAAAUAUCUCCACAAUUUCUAACAGCAGGUGUGAUCUGCUGCAAACUCUCUGUUCUUUUGUUUUUCAGACACUUCACUGGACAUGAGUGGGAUGGCAUCAGAAUACAACAAUUCUUCCCAGGAAGAAUACAUCCCACACUAUCUCCAAGAGGAAGACCCCUUUGCAUCAAAGCUCUCAAGAGAAGCUGACAUCAUAGCUGGCUUUUAUUUGACAAUAAUUGGGAUCCUUUCAACUCUGGGAAAUGGGUAUGUUAUUUUUAUGUCCUCAAAGCGAAAAAAGAAGCUGAGACCUGCUGAGAUAAUGACUGUUAAUUUAGCAGUGUGUGAUCUGGGCAUUUCAGUUGUAGGCAAACCCUUCAGCAUCAUCUCCUUCUUUUCCCACCGCUGGAUGUUUGGGUGGAUAGGCUGCUGCUGGUAUGGGUGGGCUGGUUUCUUCUUUGGCUGUGGGAGCCUCAUCACCAUGACAGCUGUCAGCCUGGACAGGUACCUGAAAAUCUGCCACUUGUCCUAUGGUACCUGGCUUAAGAGACAUCAUGCAUUUAUCUGCCUGGCAAUAAUCUGGGCCUAUGCCAUGUUCUGGGCUACAGUGCCUUUUGCUGGGGUGGGGAGCUACGCCCCCGAGCCCUUUGGGACCUCCUGCACUCUGGACUGGUGGCUGGCACAGGCGUCAGUGGCUGGACAGGUUUUUGUUCUGAGCAUCCUUUUCUUCUGCCUCCUGCUCCCAACUGCGGUGAUUGUGUUUUCCUACGUCAAAAUAAUUUUAAAAGUCAAAUCAUCAACCAAAGAAGUUGCUCACUACGAUACCAGGAUUCAGAACAGCCACAUACUUGAAAUGAAGCUGACCAAGGUGGCAAUGUUGAUCUGCGCAGGGUUCCUCCUUGCCUGGAUCCCUUACGCCGUGGUCUCGGUCUGGUCAGCCUUCGGACGGCCGGACUCGGUCCCCAUCCAGUUCUCAGUGGUCCCAACACUGCUUGCAAAGUCAGCAGCCAUGUACAACCCCAUCAUCUAUCAGGUCAUUGAGUGCAGGCUUGCCUGCUGCCGGCCGGGAGGGCUGAAGGCCAAGAGCUCUUUGAAGAAAUCAAGGACAUACACGAUUUCUGCACACAGGGACUCCACAGCCAUGAACGAAACCCAGCUGGAAGCAUGAGGGCUCAUCUCACCUGCAGCAAAUGAGAACCUGCUGGCAAACAACCCUACUGGCUCAAAUUCCUCUUUCUGUAAAUGAAUUAAAACACAGUGACAGGUUUAUUUUACUCCCUAUACCUAUGUACAAUGUACAGUUCUUUCCAUCCUGACCAAAGGAAAGCACUAGAGUUGGGUAAAUAUUCUAAGUAUUCAGAGGAAGAAGAAACAGAGAAAAUUAGUUUUUAUUCAAAAUUUUCCUUCACUUGAGAUGCUUUAAAAUGCCCUGAUUUGUUCUUCUUAGCACUAACUGAAAUGAUAAUUGGAGCGAUAUUUUCCCUCAGGGGAAGGAAAGUAUGCAUAAAGGCCAGUUUUAGUUUACUAAAGAUAAUUUCCCUAAAUUCCUACUGCAGUCACUGGAGACUUGGAGUAUGAGAGAAAGGAUUCCUUAGAGGAAAAAUCAGAAGUCAGAGCUUCACUUCUCAGGACUCUGAAUUACACAGUGGGGAAACAUUAGCUGACUGGAUUUCUCUGGUGAGCAUCUUCCCAAAUCAUGAGGCUACAAGCUGUGUUAAACCCACUUUGACUUCAGUCCUUCAAUAUUCAGAAGUAUUUUGACUUAAGUCAUGGCAAAAUCAGAGGUGCCACAUUCAUACACAGGAUCACAUUACAAGAUGCAGAAUAACAAAUACUUACUUAAUUGUGAAUAAGAGGGGAAAGGUCUUCUGCUCAAAUUGUAGAUUCAUUUAGGAGUUAUGAAUAAAUUUGUAAUAAAACAGCAGAACUGAAAUGAAGUCAGCCCAAGACAAACUGAGCAAACCAAUAUUUCACACAUUUUUAUCAUUCUCUGGCCAAAAUAACAAUGAAAUAUGAUGGCAAUAAGCAGAAAGAUUUUUCACUGUGCAUUUUACUCAUCCCAAUUCUUCAUCAGAUCAAUUAAUGAGAUAUAAAAUGGCAAAAUGUUCUUCAAUCCAAACCAUGAAACCAGAUUCAAAACUGGUGUGUUUGUGAGAAGGAUCACAGCACUGGUAACAGAGGAGUCUUUCCAAAGUGCAGCUGCAGAGUAAUUUUUAAACACUAAGUCCUGGAAGGAUGAGGAUUAAUAACUACUUGAGAGAAUGAAGUUCUAUAAGUUCCUAAUGCAUUCAAAAGAAAAGCAAUGUGUCUUGAGAUGAUCUGCAGAGUAAGGCAGCUGAAGCAAUUGUGUUGGAUAGGAGACAUAAUUAUUCCUAUUGUCUCCUUUUUCUUCUUUGGAUUUAUCUUAAGGUGAAGGUAUCACUGCAGAUCAAAAAUUAGCAUUUCAGUAAAAGCAGAUUUAAAAUAAUGAUUUUGAUGUUUCUAUGUAAUUUCAUCAAGAAUGAUAUGAUUCUAUUAAAAAUAAAUUAAUUGCAAAUCAAAGAGUCUCCCACACAGACUUAUGCUGACUGUUAAGAAAAACAAAGUUACAAGGGCAAAGUUUCUUCUGAGUUGUUCCCUUAAGGAAAGAAAACAUUUGUGAAAGAGUUGCACUUACUUUCCUGUUUAACAUUAAUUUAUUCUACUGUUAUUUCAGAAUUGUGUUUAACAUGUAUUUCCUGCCACACUGAACUGAACUCCUUUUGUAGAAGAUUCAUGGUGAUGUUAAUAUUGCUUUAUACAAUAAUAUCAUAAAGGUUUAAUCUGAUGUUUGUUGGCAUAUCCCAGCACUCCCAUUCUGCAGUUGCCAUUUUAUCAAAUGAUAUUCAGACCACGUAGCAGAAGUAGAAUUCUGCCGAAUUUUCCCAAAGUAUUGCUUCCUCCUCUGCAAUGCUUUAGCCAAAGAAGUUUGAAUACAAAUGAAGAGAACUUGCAGAGGUACAAAGAGUUGCCAUAUUACCUAUCCAUGGUUUUUUGUUAAUUUUUCCCCAGAAGUUGAGUUCUUUCAUUUCUACAGACCUUUCAGCAUAAGACCAACUCAUUCCUUAACUAUGGUUGCAAAUUGAGUCCACAAA